AUGAAGGUACUGGAGGACCUUUCUGAGGAAGAGGAGGAGGAGGAAGAGGAGGAGGAAGAGGCUGACUUUACUCCUUCUCAAAAAGAAAAAAUCACACAUUACAGUGUGUCAAAAAUCAAAAAGUUUUUAGCUGACACUAAAGGCCAACGGGCUGUCAAAGUGGAAAAUUUUUUCCCAGAUUUAAAGGGUUUUAUAAACUCUGUGAAUCGUUUUAAAAGAGAGAACGCGUUCACUGAGCAGGAAGACUCAGUAAGCUCAAGAAAAGGGUCAAAGAAACACUCAGAGUGACAAGUAACUGAUUUUUAUGAUGUCGUGUUUUUUAUCCCCUGUUUUUAUUUGUUCGGUUCUUCUCUCAGUUUUUAUGAACAUUCGUAUUGGGACUCUAAACAUAAAUGGAGCUCGCUCAGACUAUAAGAGAGCAUCUCUGUUCCAGCUGUGCCAGCUGAAAAAGCUGGACGUACUCUUUGUGCAGGAGACCCACAGUGACCAGAGGAAUGAGGGGGACUGGAGAAGGGAGUGGCCAGGCCAGGUCUAUCUGAGUCACAAACUGUCCAACAGUGCUGGGGUGGGGAUCCUGUUCUCCAGGUUUUUUAACCCUCAGACUGUGCAGGUGCACCAGGUGAUGGAUGGACACAUUUUAAUGGCUAAGGCUCAGUAUGAGGAUUUUAAAUUUGUUUUUGUGUGUAUUUAUGCUCCAGUGCUGGGCAGAGACAGAAUGCUGUUUUUAAAUACUCUGUGUGAUGUGGUGGGGGGUGUGGAGGAGGGUUUUUUAUUCCUGGGGGGUGAUUUUAACUGCACUGCUGAUGCAGUGAUGGACAGGAAUCACCUGGAGCCUCAUCCUGCCUCAUCCACUCGGCUAAAAAGACUGAUAGAAACUCAUGACCUGAAGGACGUGUGAAGAGGCUUGAAUGGCUCCACCAGGCAGUACACCUGGUCCCACUGCAAAGACAACAGCUUGUCUCUUGCCAGACUGGACAGAUUUUAUUGUUUUAAGCACCAUUUCAGCAUUUUUAGGAAAUGUCUUAUUGUCCCUGUGGGUGUGUCUGAUCACUUUUUAGUCCAGUGUGACUUUUUUAUUCAGAAUGUGAAGACAUCCAGCGCCUACUGGCAUUUUAACACGGCUCUUUUAGAAGACUGUGCUUUUAAAGAUGCUUUUAGGUUUUUAUGGGCUUCACACAGGGACAGGAGGGCAGAGUUUUUAUCAGUGCAGAGAUGGUGGGACUAUGGGAAGGUUUUAAUUCAACAGUUCUGUCAGCAGUAUACUCGCAACGUCACCAAGUACAUCACCAGAUCCCUCCAGGUCCUGGAGACUGAGGUACAGAACCUGUUGGACUGUACAGGAGAAGGGAGGCAUGUUGAGGCCCUCCAAAAGAAGAAGGCUGCCAUAGCCAACCUGCUGGGCACUACAGCACAGGGGGCGCUGGUGCGCUCCCGCUACAUGAACGCCUCCAUGAUGGACGCCCCAUCGAAGUUCUUCUUCAGCCUGGAGUCAAAAAACGGACAGAGGAAGGUGAUCCACAGCCUGCGCGCCACUGACGGAUCAACCAUCACUGGGGCCUCAGAGAUCCGCAGGCAUGCCACAUGUUUUUAUAGAGACCUUUUUAAAAGUGAACUGGUGGAGGAUCCACAGCUGGAGGCAGACUUUCUGUCUGACCUCCCUCAGGUGGGACAAUCGGGGAACUCUCUCCUGACAGCGGACCUGACGCUGGAGGAACUGCAUGUGGCCCUCAUGAGCUUGGCCAACGGAAAGGCCCCAGGCAUCGAUGGGAUCCCAGUGGAUUUUUAUAAGACUUUCUGGCCCGUGGUGAGCGAGGACUUAUUGGAAGUAUUUCAGGAGAGUUUGAGAACAGGACUGUUACCGCAGAGCUGCAGGAGGGCCGUCAUAACCCUGCUCCCCAAGAAGGGAGACCUCCAAGAACUGAAGAACUGGAGACCGGUCUCACUGCUCUGCGGGGACUAUAAGGUCCUCUCCAAAGCCCUGGCUCUACGGCUGCGAGAGGUGAUGGCGGAGGUGGUUCAUGUAGACCAGACCUACUGUGUGCCCGGCAGACUGAUCAGUGAUAACAUCACUCUGAUUCGGCAUGUUUUGGAUGUCUCUAGCUCUUUAGGCGUUGACACUGGUCUGAUUUCCAUAGACCAGGAAAAGGCUUUUGAUCGGGUUGAACACCAAUACCUGUGGAAGACGCUCGCCGCCUUCGGGUUCAGCCCAGAUUUUAUAGCCAGGGUUCGGGUUAUGUACCGUGACGUUGCGAGCAUACUCAAGAUUAAUGGUGGUCUGGCUGCUCCCUUCGGCGUUCAAAGAGGGGUUCGACAGGGUUGCUCCUUAUCAGGGAUGCUCUAUUCCUUAGCGAUUGAGCCCCUGCUAGAAAAAAUGAGGAGGACUCUGACAGGAGUGCUGUUCCCAGGAUGUCCUUCAGCGAUAAAACUAGCAGCAUACGCUGACGACAUCAUGGUGGUUUUAAAUACACAGAAGGACAUUCAGGUUUUAGAGGACAAAGUAAAUCUUUUUAACAAACUGUCUUCAGCCAGGGUCAACUGGGCCAAGAGUGUGGCCUUCACCACAAACAGGGACUCCUUGGGGGGGCUGGUUCUUCCUGGGGGGCUCCAGUGGACAGUGGGGGGGCUUAAAUAUCUUGGGGUGUUUUUAGGGGAUGAACAGUUUUUAAAGAGAAACUGGGAGGGGGUCCUGGAGGCGGUUGAGGGCCGACUGAAGAGGUGGAGGUGGUUGCGGCCGUCCAUGUCGUACAGGGGGAGGACCCUGAUCACUAACAACCUGGUGUCGUCCUUCCUGUGGCACAGGUUGGCUGUUGUCGACCCUCCCCCUAACCUGCUCUCCAGGGUCCAGACUGUUUUAAUUGACUUUUUCUGGGACAAGCUCCACUGGCUCCCACAGGCGGUGCUGUUCCUCCCUGUGGAAGAGGGAGGUCAGGGGCUGGUGCACCUGGCCAGCAGGGGGGCAGCUUUCAGACUGCAGUUUAUCCAGCGGCUGCUGUACGGGCCCCAGGACCUGGUGUGGAGGCCCCUGGCUCGGCUGAUUCUGCGGAGCGUGGGCGGCCUCGGCCUACAGGAGACUGUGUUUUUAUUGGAUUUUAAGACUGUGAGUUUUUUAUCCCUGCCAGAGUUUUACCGAGGCCUGUUCAGCGUGUGGAAGCUGCUGUGGAGGCAGAGGGUCCAGCACCAAACCUGCUGCUGGCUGCUGAGGGAGCCGCUGGGCCGUGGAGGCCUGCUGAGCAACCCCCCCUGGGCAGGAGCAGCGGUGGCCGAGGACUUGAGGACGGCGGGGAUCACCACGCUGGGGACCCUGCUGGACAUCACCGGACCCGACCUGCAGGAGACGGAGGAGCUGGCGAGGCGCUUGGGCUGGAGAUCGAGGAGGAACGUGAGCCGACUGCUGAGCCACUGGAGAACCUGCCUGACGGGACGAGACCAACAACUGCUGGGAGAACAACGCCAGGAACCAACUGGCCCCUGUCCCAACCAACCGUUCCCCCCCCUCAUCAUCCGUCCGGGACCAGACCUGCAGCAGGAGGUGAGCCUGGAGAAGGCCGAGGGAAAGGUUCUCUCGGCUCUGAUGGUGAAGACCUUAAACAGAGAGAGACUGCAGCAACACAUCCGGUCCCCCUGGAGGGCUCGGCUGGUCCUGGGGGACAAGGUCCAGGCAUGGGUGGAGGAGCCUGUACAAGCCUCCACUCUCCAAGAGGGUGGCUGACCUCCAGUGGAGUCUAAUUUAUGGGAUUUUAGCUGUAAACUCUUUUAUUUCCAUCAUGAAUUCAGCGGUCCAGAACAACUGUCCGUUCUGUGGAGCAGUGGAGACCAUCGUCCACUGCUUCACUGAGUGUCCUCGCCUCGCUCCUCUGUUUGAACUGAUGGAAUGUGUGUUCAGGAGAGCAGACGAGGUGUUUUCUUUUAAGACAUUCAUUCUUGGUUUUAAAUACAAAAGAGCUCAAAAAGAAAAAUGCCAAAUGUUGAACUUUGUGCUGGGACAAUCAAAAUUGGCGAUCUACAUGAGCAGGAAGUUGAAAGUGGAGGACGGUGUGGACUGUGACCCGGUGCUGCUGCUGAGCAGAACCAUCAAAGCGAGGAUUCUGAUUGACUUCAAGUACUAUAGAGAAAUGCAGAACAUGCUGCGGUUUUAUCAAACAUGGACCCAUGGUGGAGUACUGUGCUCAGUUAAAGAUGGUGGACUGGAGUUUUCAGAUCAGCUGGUCUGAUCUGUUUUUAUUUAUUGUUUUUAUUUAAAAUAUGGGUAUAUAUAUAUAUAUAUGAUGCUGAUUUAAUGUUGAAAAAAUGACUUGAAUAAAGUUGUUUUGAAAAAUCAAAAUCUCUCUCUCUCUCUCUCUCUCUCUCUCUCUCUCACUAUGUCUUACACACACACACACACACACACACACACUCAAAUACACAAUAAUACUAGCUUAUUGACUGGACUUAUAAUCACUGACUGACUGAGUGACACACACACACGUAUACACACUCUCUCUGUCUCACACACACACAUACACACACAGACACACACACAAGCUUACUGGCUAAAUAUCUUUUGAUUGGACCAUUACACACUGACUUACUGAGUAACCUGGAUAUAUAUAUAUAUAUUUUUUUUAUUUUUUUAUUUUUUUUUUUUUUUUUCAUAUUAACAACAGAAAAUACAUUGUCACAAUAUCUGGUGUCCAUACUGGCUGUUUUCACCUGUUUCAAUAUGUAAUCAUUGUUUAUCAUAUUUAUACUUCAAACUGUUAUUGUAAUGCUGUAAAGUAUUGCUAAAUUUACCUUCCUUCCUUUCCAGAAUGGAUCUGUCAAUUCUGAAGCAGAAAUCCACAACCCCUUAUGACCGCCUUCUAUCAUUACAUCUAGCGGUCAUAAAAAUAAAGGAGGAAAAGAGGGUCCUGAGGUGGAGCUUUGAGGAGGCUACACCCAGGCCAUCUUUGGAAAAAAACAACAGAGUGGUGGUCUUUUCGGAUGGCAACUCACUGGCCAAGGUCACAGUCUUUGAGGCAGUGGCCACCAUUUUGGAGGAGGGCACCGCCUACAUAAUUAAAGGUUACUCCCUCAGAGGGAGUAACCCUCCAUACAUGAUAAACAUCAGCAAGGAGUCCAAAUUCUUUAAAUCUGCACCCAUCAGGGUGUCUGAAGAGCUUAGGGCCAGGGCUGAUAGGCUCCUCAGCCCUAUCAGCACACCUACGGACCUGAGGGAUGUGAAGAAAUGCUCUUCAUUAAUGAUGGUGCAGGGCAAAGUGACCGAGGUAAACUUGUCCAUCUGUCUGUCUGUCCGUCUGUCUGUUAUCUGUCUGUCCAUCCAUCCGUCUGUCUGUCUGUCUGUCUGUCACAAACAUACUAAAACUAACUCACUGACUAUAAUCUUCCUAGACUGAUAUACACAUACUGAUUGAUUGACUGACUGACCAACACACACACUCACUCUCUCUCUCAGACACAAACAAACAAACCCACACACACUAGUUCACUGGACUGAUACUUACUGAUCUGACUCAAUCACACACACACACACACACAGAACCAUACCUGAUGACUAUUAUCUACUGGAUUGAUAAGGACUGAUUGACUGUUUGACACACACACAAACGCAAGUCUACUGGCUGACUAUUAUCUUGCUGAAAUGAUGAAGACUUACAGACUUAACACACAUAGAAUAACUAGUGUACUGGCUGACUAUUAUCUUACUGGAUUGCUAGAGUGAUUGACACAUUAACACUAGUUUACUGACUGACUAUAAUCUCACUGGACUGAAAGACAGACCAACUGACACACAAACAGGAGUUAACUGACUGACUGACUGACUGACUGACUGACACACACAAACACUAGUUUACUGACUGACAUUUAUCUGACUGAAUUGGUUACAUACACACCUAGCACACACACACACAUGCACACCUAGCCCACACACACUCAUGAUACUCAUAUCCACUCAUAAUUACUUAUAUCCUAACCCUGUAAACUGAAUUAAUUUUGUUUCACCAUUACAUGAGCUGUUGUUGUUGUUGCUGUUGUUUCUGCUGUCCCCUGUCUCUCUCACUCUCUCUCUCUCUCUCUCUCUCUCUCUCUCUCUCUCUCUCUCUGAGUGAGAUGGCGUGUGAGUGCUGAGAGCUGAGAGCGAAUCGAACUUCGAUUCAAUUUUGUGAGUUUCUCAGACUUUAUUUCUCUUUUCUGUUGGUGUGAGUGUGUUUAUGAGUUGUUUGUCUAUUAUUUAGUGUUAAGAGGGUUGUGGUUUGUUGAGUGUGUGAGUGCUUUGGUUUGGUGGGCGGCGUGCUAACAGCACAAUGCCGGUAGCAGAGGCUGCAGCCGCGGAGUUUGAAAAGCUAACUCGCCGGCACGCGAUAAAGCUGAACCCCGCGGUGCAGUGCUCGGUGGAGGAAGCCAGCCUGGCUGUAGGAGAGGUGGUCGGGUAUGACUCGGUGAAGUCUGCCUCAAGGAUGAACGGGGCGAUUGUUAUUUUUUUAAGCAGUACGGUGCUGGUUAACGAGGUGGUGGAGAAAGGAGUAGUGAUUCAUGACACCUUCACUCCGGUCUCCCCCCUCGUUAGCCCGGCCACAAAAGUUACGAUUUCUAAUGCUCCCCCGUUUAUAAAAAACGAAACCCUGGCGAAAGAACUGUCCAGGUACGGACAAGUGGUGUCACCCAUCAAAAUGGUCUCUCUGGGCUGUAAAUCCCCUAAACUGAAACAUGUAGUGUGUCACAGGAGACAGGUUUACAUGAUCCUGAAAGACAAAACUAAUGAUUUAAACCUGUCGUUUUCCUUUAAAAUAGAAGGAUUUGUUUAUAUUGUGUUUGCUUCAUCAGAGACCAUGAAAUGUUUUAGUUGUGGUGCAGAAGGGCACUUGAUUCGCUCCUGUCCGGAGAAGGAGGGAGCACAGCGGCCGGCUGCCGCUGCUGCUGGGGGUGCUCCGCCCGCUGCUGCGGCCGCCGGGGCCGCUGCCGUCAGGGGUGCUUCGCCCGCUGCUGCGGCCGCGGGGGCCGCUGCCGCCGGGGGGGGUCUGCCCGCUGCUGCGGCCGAUGGGGCCGCUGCCGCCGGGGGGGAUCCGCCCGCUGCUGCGGCCGAUGGGGCUGCUGCCGUCGGGGGGGGUCCGCGCGCCACUGGGGAAGAGUUGAGUGUUGCUGCUGUGACCGGGGUCACAGCAGCAGAAACGGUCAGUCCGGCCCAGGAGGGGCCCUCCACAGUCUCGGUGCCUCCGGUUGCUGAGGGCUGCUCGGAGCGAGAAGAGCUCAUGUACUCAGACUCAGCAGACGGGGGCAUGAGCAAAGUGCUUAACGAUGAUUUUAUGGAGGAGGACAUGUCUGAUGAUGAACAUCUUAAAGUGUCUCAAAAAAGGAAAAACAUUGUGACUGUUAAAAAGAACAAAAAAACGCGAAAACCGAUCAUGAGGAAGACCCCAGAGUCACAAGACUCUUUUACACAAGACUCUCAGUCGCCGUACUCCCCGGCUCAGAUCAAAACCUUCCUGGCACAGAUUAAAGGCUCCAGGCAGCCCAAUAUAAAAGAGUAUUACCCAGACCUGCGCUCUUUUAUGAAGUCAGCCAGACCCCUCACCAGGAAGAGCCAUGGGGAGGAGGUUUUAACAGAACAAGAGGUCUUCAGACUCAAAAAGGUUUUAGGGAGGGUAAAAGAGCAAUUCAUCAGUGAUGAAGAUGAGUUUUAGAUGCUUUUACCCUUUACUGACUGUUCUCCUGAGUGUUUUUUAUUUUUUAUCCAUGUGUGAUUUUAACAUCAGCACCCUGAACCUAAACGGGGCCAGGGCUGAUUUUAAACGCGCCGCUCUUUUUAAAUUAAUGGAGACUAAAAAAAUAGAUAUCAUUUUUGUCCAAGAAACCCACAGCAGCUUAGAUAAUGAGAGUGACUGGAAGAGGGCUUUUAACGGGGAGGUAGUUUUAAGGCAUAAGUCCAGUCUGAGCGGAGGGGUGGGGAUUUUAUUUGCACAGAGUUUUUUACCCUUUUCUUUUACCGUCCAUGAGAUCAUCCCAGGUGUUUUAUUGAAGGUGAAAGCUGUCUUUGAGAACGUAAAAUGUGUGUUUUUAAAUGUCUACGCUCCUACCAAUGCUGUGGAGCGAAUAGCAUUUUUAAACAUUUUAAAGGACUGUGUUAGGGACUGUGAGAACGAUGGUUUUAUGUUUUUAGGGGGAGAUUUUAACUGCACAGUUGAUCCAUCCCUGGACAGGAACCAUCCUGAACCACACCCACCCUCAUCACACACACUCCGGCGGCUGACAGAGAGUCAGGAGCUGAGUGAUGUGUGGAGGGUUUUUAACAGUCAGCACAGACAGUUCACCUGGAGUCACAGUAGGGAGGGGGUUUUAACUCUAGCCAGACUGGACCGUUUUUACUGUUUUAAACACCAUUUAAACAUUUUUAAAAGGUGUUUUAUGCUGCCAGUUGGUUUUACGGAUCAUUUUUUAGUCUCCUGUCGUGUUUUUAUUAAAAACAUUCGUUUAAAGAGCGCCUAUUGGCAUUUUAACACAGGCCUUUUAUCUGACCAGGCUUUUAGAACUGCUUUUAGGGUUUUUUGGGAAUCCCACAUAGAGAGCAGGCCUGCCUUCACUAACAUACAACAGUGGUGGGAUUUUGGGAAAGCCCAGAUAAAACAGCUCAGCCAGCAGUUCACUCGCGGUGUCACUACAGACUUAGCUCGGUCCAUGAAAGACCUGGAGUCGCAGGUGGUAGAGCUGCAGACUACUGCAGACUCUACAGCAAAUCGAGGGCUUUUAGACUCCCUCAAGUCCAAAAAGUCGGCAUUAGCCAACCUGCUGGGUGUCUCAGCACAGGGGGCUCUGGUCAGGUCUCGUUUCAUGAACAUCACACAGAUGGACGCCCCAUCUCGCUUCUUCUUUGGGUUGGAGCGGAAAAAUGGACAAAGGAAGACCAUUCACUGUUUACGGACGGGUAGCGGCUCCGAAGUCUCAGACUCGUCUGAGAUCAGGAAGUUUGCUGCCGGUUUCUACAGAAACCUCUUUAAGAGUGAGUGGUCGAAUAAUCCAGAAGUGCACAGCAACUUCCUGGCGGGUCUCCCUCAGGUCAGCGAGGCUGACAACAACAGACUGGCAGCAGAGGUGACGCUGCAGGAGCUCCAUGCAGCCACCAUGAGCCUGCAGAGCGGCAGAGCUCCAGGCAUAGACGGCCUUCCUGCUGACUUUUACAAGUCUUUCUGGUCCAUCAUAGGACCAGACCUGCUAGAGGUCGUGACAGACAGUCUGAGGACCAGCAGGCUGCCUCUGAGCUGCAGGAGGGCCGUCAUCACCCUGCUGCCCAAGAAGGGAGACCUGCAGGAGCUGAAAAACUGGAGACCAGUCUCCCUGCUGUGCACGGAUUAUAAGAUCCUGUCCAAGGCUCUGACCCUCAGACUGAGGGAGGUGAUGGCGUCCAUCAUCCACCCUGACCAGACCUACUGUGUGCCUGGCAGGCUCAUCAGUGACAACGUCACUUUAAUUCGAGACAUUUUGGAGCUCUCCAGGUCAUUGGGUAUAGAGACUGGUCUUAUUUCCAUAGAUCAGGAAAAGGCUUUUGACCGGGUUGAACACCAGUACCUGUGGCAGACUCUGGCUGCCUUUGGGUUCAACCCUGGGUUCAUAGCCAUGGUCCGGGUUCUCUACAGUGACAUUGCGAGUGUUCUGAAAAUUAACGGCGGGCUGAGUGCACCAUUCGAGAUCCAGAGAGGGGUGAGGCAGGGCUGCUCUCUCUCUGGGAUGUUAUAUUCAGUUGCCAUCGAGCCUCUGCUUCACAAUCUGAGAGAGAAACUAAGUGGUGUGAGUUUCCCCCGGUGCCCUGUGUCUUUUAAACUGUCUGUAUAUGCUGAUGAUCUUAUUGUUUUAGUAAAAACACAAAAAGACAUUGACAUUUUAACUGACACUGUUCAUAACUUUGGUUUUAUCUCCUCAGCUAAGGUGAACUGGGGGAAAAGCGAGGCUCUGAUGGCUGGAGGGGAGAUGGGGGGCCGGCUCAGGCUGCCCGGGGGCCUACAGUGGAAAAAAGGAGGACUCCGGUACCUUGGGGUCUUCCUAGGAGAUGAGACCUACAUACAGAAAAACUGGGACAAUGUCCUGGAACAGGUUAAAGGUCGGCUGGAGAAGUGGAAGUGGCUACUCCCAAAAAUGUCGUACAGAGGCCGAACCUUAAUCGCAAAUAAUCUGGUCUCAUCUUCCCUGUGGCACCGGCUGGCCUGUAUCGAUCCUGCAGCUUCUCUCCUUCCCAAGAUUCAGUCGUUUUUAGUUGAUUUUAUUUGGGACAGACUCCACUGGGUCCCACAGAGUGUCCUGUUUUUACCAAAAGAGGAAGGGGGCCAGGGCCUGGUCCACCUGGCCAGCAGGGGCGCAGCCUUCAGGCUCCAAUUUAUCCAGAGGCUGCUAACGGGGCCGAAGGACACUCUGUGGAGGCCCCUGUCCCGCUGCAUUCUGCAGGGUUUUAACAGCCUGGGUCAGGAUUUUAAUUUGUUUUUAAUGAACACACAGAACAUGAGCACAUCUUCUCUACCUGCUUUUUAUCAAAGUGUUUUUAAGGUCUGGGGACUGCUGAGGAAGGAGAGGAGGGGCCAGGUGGACUCGAUAUACUGGCUCCUGCAGGAACCGGUCCUGUGGGGGACCCGUCUGGACCUUCCCAGCUGGGCAGGACGGAGUCUACAGGAAAAACUACAGACAGCGGGGAUCGUCACUCUGGGGCAGGUGGUGGAUCUGACGGGACCCCGGAUGGACGACCCCGCUGGAUUCGCUGCCCGGCUGGGACUUAUAUCGAUGAGGGUCACCCAAAAACUCUUGGACCACUGGAGACAGAGACUCACAGGACACGACCGCCUGCUUUUAAACUCCCCUUUUACCCAGACCGGGAACAAAGAAAACCCCUUUCCUGCCAUCUUCCUGGCACCGGAUUUUAAGGACUGUUCUGGCCCGCUGUUGGAUUUUAACCACCCUGCCCCUUUGGAGGGCACAACUGGGAAAACCUUUUAUAACAUCUUGGUGAAAACAAUAAACAGGACAAAACUGGACCAAAGACCUGACACCCCAUGGAGGACCUAUCUGAGCCUGGCUCCUGAGGCCAGGCCUGAGUGGAGGGCCUUCUAUAAACCUCCACUCUCAAAGAAACACGCGGAUGUACACUGGAGAGUCCUCCAUGAGGUCAUAGCAGUGAACUCUUUUAUAUCGCACAUUAACCCGGCAGUAGAGGACACAUGUCCCUACUGCCCACAGAGAGAGACCAUUUUUCACUGUUUUUAUGAAUGUCUGCGUCUUUUACCCUUGUUUCUGUUUUUACAAACUGUUUUUACCAAGUGUGGAGAGGUUUUUAACAAGCGGGUUUUUAUUCUGGGUUUUAAAUACACACGCCAACACAAGAACAAGUGCCAGCUUUUAAACUUUGUUUUAGGGCAGGCCAAGAUGGCUGUGUAUUUUAGCCGCAGGAGGAAGGUGGAGGAUGGUUUUAUUGUUGACCCAGUCACUGUAUGUAAGAACAUGAUCAAGUCCAGACUCCUCAUCGAUUUUAAUUUCCACAAAGCAGGAGGAGAUCUGGACUCAUUUCAGCAGGUUUGGGGUUUUAAUCAGGUUUUGUGUUCAAUAGCAGGAAAUAUUUUACAGUUUGAAGAUGUGCUCAUGUAAAUUUCUAUUUAUUUAUUUAUUUUUUACUCUGUGUGUUUGAUUGUUUGAUUUGCCCUCUUUUUUGAAAAAAGAGAGCGAGAAAUAAAGUGGAUUCAAAAAUCAAAUCUCUCUCUCUCGCUCUCUCUCUCUCUCUUGAGCAGUGAGUGUGCUGAGUGAGUGUGCGGAGCGAUUGAUCGUAUGUUUGAACAUCUUUUCUUUCUUUUUUGAGGCUUUUUCAUGAGAAAAAGUCCGAAAAAGGAUGAGUCCGGCGUGUCGGGUGCGGAGCGCCCGGCGAGUGUGGCCGGGGCUUCGGGCGCGGAGCAUGAGACAGACGCCUCGGGCUCCCGUUUGAGUAAGCAGGUGCCCGAGGAUAACAGCAUGGAAGUGGGUCUGAGUGGGGAUGCACCAAAUGAAAAUAAUGUAAAAAUUGACCAACAGAAAAAAACUGUAAAUACUGUGGUGGAGGGAGGAGGAGAAACAAAAUCUGACAUUGAUAACAUGAUUGAAGUGAUAAUGGCAGACGUUUUUAAUGAACAAAACAUCAGUCUUAAAUACAGUAAAAGAAAACAACCAAAUGAGCAGAGUCAGGGGGGAGGGAAGGCCAUGAAGGUACUGGAGGACCUUUCUGAGGAAGAGGAGGAGGAGGAAGAGGCUGACUUUACUCCUUCUCAAAAAGAAAAAAUCACACAUUACAGUGUGUCAAAAAUCAAAAAGUUUUAG